AUGGCCUCCUCCCAAGCCGUCCUCACAGAGGUGCCCCUCACCUCCCUGCCCAAGCUCUCGACGGGCAAGGUGCGCGACCUGUACGACAUCGACGCCGCGUCGCUGCUCUUCGUCACCACCGACCGCGUCUCGGCCUACGACGUCGUCAUGGCCAACGGCGUCCCGCACAAGGGCGCACUGCUGACCCAGCUGUCGGCGCACUGGUUCCGCCUGCUGCCGCGCCUGGUCCCGGGGCUCCGCACCCACUUCCUGGCCACGCGGGCGCCCGACGCCCUGUCGGCCACGGACCGGCAGACGGUGGCGGGGCGCAGUAUGACGGUGCGGAAGCUGAAGGUGUUUCCGCUGGAGGCUAUUGUGCGCGGCUACAUCACCGGCUCAUCAUGGAAGGAGUACUCGGCCAAGGGCACAGUCCACGGCAUGGCGAUGCCGGCCGGGAUCCCCGAGUGCGGCACCGUGCCCGGUGGUCCCAUUUACACGCCUUCUACCAAAGCGCCGCUUGGCCAAUCUGACGAGAACAUCUCCCGAGAGCGUGCCGCGGCCAUCGUCGGCGAGAAAUACGCUGCGCGUAUUGAGGAACUUGCGCUUGCCGUUUUCAAGGCCGGCCAGGCGUAUGCUGACGAGCGUGGGAUCAUAAUAGCCGAUACGAAAUUCGAGUUCGGCCUUGAUGAAGAGACCGACGAAAUAGUUCUCGUAGACGAGGUUCUCACCUCCGAUUCGUCGCGCAUGUGGCCCAAAGACAAGUACGAGCCCGGCCGCGACCAAGAGUCCUUCGACAAGCAGUUCCUGCGGAACUGGCUGACAAAGGAGGGGCUGAAGGGCAAGGAGGGCGUCGUCGUGCCUGACGACGUCCUCCAGGCUACAAGCGAUCGGUAUCGCGAGGUCUUCCAGAGACUUACUGGCAAGACGCUGGAGGAGGCGUUGCAGGAGGAGAGCUAG